GGUCGGAGCGGAGCGACAGAAACUGUGGAGAAUCCUGUAUGGGGGAGAGUUCUUUAGCUUUGGACCAUGACUGUAGGGACACUAAAUGGAUACUGCUGGGAUUAAAGAGCCGCUGAUAUAAUGGCAGUGCAAGCUAUCCAUUGUAAUCUUAACCAGAAUGGUGUGGAUCAUGCUGUUUGCACUGAAGAUGUGAGCUUGCAGGUACUUGGAGAUCCAGAAGUAUUGAAUUCAAACGAUGAAAAGGCUUUAAGGAUAGAAUCAAAUGAUAGUCCAAAGAGUGUUCAUGUGGCAGAAACUGAAUCAGUGAAGGCAAACCCUGGGCAAGUAAAACUAAGUAAACCAGUGGCUUUAUGGACCCAGCAGGAUGUUUGUAAAUGGUUAAAGAAACACUGUCCCAAUCAAUAUCAGACCUACAGUGAGUCCUUCAAACAGCAUGAUAUAACAGGUCGAGCGCUUCUAAGAUUGACAGACAAGAAGUUGGAAAGGAUGGGUAUUGUCCAAGAAACUCAACGACAGCAUGUCCUUCAGCAGGUUCUGCACCUGAGAGUCAGAGAGGAAGUCCGCAAUUUACAGCUACUUACACAAGCUUCACUGGAUAGCUCACCAUAAAUGUGUGGUUCUGAAGAUCUUGCGACAAAUUCUCGACACAAAGCAAAUCUGUGGCUUUCCACUCUGCUCCUAACCAGAAGUGCCCUCUCACGCUGGAAACAACUCUCCUAUAGUUAAAAAAAAGAUAUUCUGAACAACGUUUGCUAAAGCUUUUGGGAAUACAUGGACUUUGGGUAUAUGCAAGUAAAUUAUUGAAACCAUCCAGACAUGAAAAAAAUCAAGAAGUUAAAUUCUUUAAAUACGUCGGCUGACCUUUGUGAAUUGAUCUGAUGCUUGGAGACCAUAAAGCUUUGAUUUUUCUGACAGUGAUGUGUGGUAAAGCUUUAUUUAGUGAGAGCAUCAGAUGUGAGUUUCACCCUUUAGGUCCUCCAUGUGUUGCCAGAGCAAGUGCUCCUUUACACCUGAAGGUAAUGUAGUGAGAAUUCAGAACUGCAAUUUUUGACCAAUGUGCAGAGAUAAUUCAACCAAUGGACAGAUUGGAAGUUGGAGGAGAGAAGCUUUCAUCUUUAUCCUUGGGAUAAAGUAGUUGGAACAAUGAAUUUAAGUAAAUACUGUCCAACACAUCUUUUUCACUAGACUUUCUUUUGGUAGUACACAACUUUUGGAAAACAUAGCCAACUCUAACAUAGUUGAAUAUCCUGCUGUGGGAAUGUUAUCAAACCACGCUUAACACUGAGUCACAUGAGCAUAUUUGGUCAAAAAGAUAGAUUUUAAAGAGUAUCUUAAAGGAAGAAAGGAGAGAUUUAGGGAGAGAAUUCCAGAACUUAAGGACCUGACAACCGAAGACAGCACUGUCAGUGGUAGAGAACUCAAAACUGGGAUGCUCUUAAAUUGUAGGAUGUCAAAGUAUUCCAAGGACAUUCAAGCUCAUGUUUAACUGCCAAUACAACUUUGUUGCUGUUUCCCUUCUCAACAUAUACAAACAUAUGUAAUAUGUCUCCCUUCAUACUUAGGCAUUAUACCACCUGGAGAGAAGCUCUUUAUUUCAAUACUUCUCUCUACUACAUACAUUUGCAUGCAUUCCCCAAACAUUCAGCAGCUUGAACAAGGUUGGCGAAACACCAGAUUAGGACUAAGAUUUACUAGUAAGUUGCACUGCAAAAUUAUUGACUUUAAUAUAUUCAAAAUCAACACAGUAGAAUUUUGUAGUUGUUGAUGGCAGAGGACCUAUUAAUUCCCCAGUCUGUAGCAAUAUGCCAUGCAAAAAUAUAUAGUGGAGAAAAUUGAAAUUGAUUUUUUUCCUAAAAUGCUUGAUGUAAAUUGUUAAUAGCAGAAUCCUUUCAUUGUGGAUUGAUUUAAUUUAAUGUUCUUUCAAAAAACUCU